GGUGUGUUUACUUGUAUUUAAAACGUCAAAUUAUCGUUGAAUGCUGUUCUCUCUGUUUCUUCAUAUUUUAUAGCACAUUAUAGCAACAUUGUUUUUGUUGUCAUUUUCAAUUGACUUUCUUGAUGUGUUGAAAAUCAGCAAGCAAAAAUUGUUUUUUUGUUGAUAUAUAAAAAUAAUUGACUUAAGUUCUAUAUUUAUAUUGUUUACCACUAAAUUGAGCUGUAGGAUGUCAGACGAUGUUUUACCAGAUGAAUUUGACUUGGUAGUUAUAGGCACGGGCUUCCCUGAGUCCUGUAUAGCAGCAGCCGCCAGUCGUAUUGGCAAAACCGUUUUACAUAUUGAUCCAAAUGAGUUUUAUGGUGGUUGUUGGGCUUCAUUCUCGUUGGAAGGUUUAGUUAAAUUUUUAAAUGAACCAAACAGUGGAAUGAUACGUAACACCAGCUUUAAUUGGAAUAUUCCCUAUAAAGAUACAAGUGGAACCGAAGCCGGAGUUAACUUACCAUUUGAUCAGUGGACAGCUGAAAAAUUAAUAGCAGAAUCAAGACGGUUUAAUAUUGAUUUGAUUCCAAAAAUAAUAUAUUCCUCUGGUGCUCUCGUGCAAUUGUUGGUUUCAUCGAAUAUUUGCCGUUAUGCGGAAUUUCGUGCAAUUGAUCGUGUAUGUACGAUUUUUCAUGACAAUAUAUUAAAUGUACCUUGCUCUCGCAGUGAUGUCUUUAAUACGAAGGAUUUAAGUAUUGUAGAAAAACGCUUACUUAUGAAAUUUCUUAAUCUAUGCUUAACAUUUGGUGAAAACAAAUGUGAAGAGGACGCUGCAGAGUAUCGAGGAAAAACAUUCCGCGAAUACUUAAACAAUCAAAAAGUCACUGAAAAAAUAAGCACUUGUGUUAUGCAGGCCAUAGCCAUGUGCACCGAUAAUACACCAUUCGAGGAAGGCAUGGAACAAACACUUAAAUUUAUAAAAAGUUUGGGACGGUAUGGUAAUACACCAUUUUUAUAUCCUAUGUAUGGCUGUGGAGAGCUACCACAAUGUUUUUGUCGCCUUUGUGCUGUAUUUGGUGGCAUAUAUUGUUUAAAUAAAAGCGUCACUGAUAUCAAAGUUAAUGCCGAUACUAAUACAGCAGAUUUAAUAAUCGACGGUAAACUUAUACGUUCCAAGCAUGUGGUUUGUUCACACGGACAUAUUACUGAUAGCUUACGUGAAAAUAACAUUGGCAUAUAUGGCUUAGGAAAUUUAGUGAAUUGCUUAUCACGUGGUGUUUACUUAACAGAAAAGCCAUUGGGUAGUGAAGAAUUAAAUGCAGGUGGUGGUGGUGUUAAUGUGAUGCGUUUAGUAGAUGGACUUCGAGAAGCAAUGCUUAUACAACUUUCAACCUUUUCCGGCACUUGUCUUAAAGGAGUCUAUAUUAUGCAUUUAACCACUCCUGCUAUUAGUGACAAACCUGAAGAAGACUUAUUGCCGUUCACAAAUCAAAUAUUUAGUAAACAAAAUGCUACUUCUAUUUUGUGUUCAGCCUACUUUACUGUAACUGCAUGCGAACGGUCACAAAAUAUGGCACCUGUUGAUACAGCGACCCCAAUUUAUUGUACUGCUGCUCCAGUUUAUGAAGUCGAUUAUGACUCUACAAUUGAUAAUGCACGUGACAUAUUUAAACGUAUGUAUGAAGUUGUUGAGUUCUUACCGCGUGCACCGGAUCCAGAUGAAAUUAUUGUUGAGGGUGAAGAUCCACAUGCUAUUAUCGAAAACUCACUGCCUGAAGAUUUACGUGAACAAUUGCGUUUACUUGAAGAUGAAGCAGAAGAUAUGGAUACGGAAGAUGCUACCAAAAUGGUGACAGACUAGACAUACUAAAAUUACUUAUUAAAAAUUACAAUUUUUCGGCCUUAUACCAAAUUAUUACUAUAAUAUAUUUCAUU